CAGGUUUUGCUGCACCGGGUCGGGGGAGGGGUGGCUUACCUGCUGGGAACACUGAGCAUGCGCAAUGCGCGCCUAUUCCCUUCCCCCACACACUCCCACUCCGGCUCCCGCCUUGUGAGCAUGCGCCCUGAGCUCUUGAGGCUCCUGCCCUCCUCUAGUGCCCGCUGUGGCACCUCAGCACGCUCCAAACUUAGUCCGCAAAGUCCUGAGGCCCGAGGGCACGUCGCAGCCCCGCUGUGGAGCCUGCUGUGGCUCCCCAUGGCCUCGGAGAAGCCCCUACAGCCCCCCCCCACCCCAUGUUCUCUGUACCAGGCUCCCCCCCCCCCACUAGAUCAGGACUUCAGGCCCCCCCUUGUACACCGGGUUCGGUGAUGGCCAGAUCGCGCGGGACCCCUCCCCACUCCUUCCUCUCCCCCGAACCCUUGUCCAGCCUCAGGCCUUUUCAGCCUGGACUUCCUCGUGCGCCCAUUUCCCUGCCCCAGACACCGCUUGGACACUGGCUAGAAGGGCCUGACCUGACCCUUUCUCCUCCUGUUUUUUCCACAGCUGGACGUCCGGGUGCCCGGUGCUGCCCCUCCCACGCAGAAGCGGCCCACGGGGAGGAGGAGAUGGCCCCCAUGUUCCUGGCGGACAGCGCCUCCCGGGGCUCUGUGACCUUUGGGGACGUGGCCGUGGACUUCUCCCAGGAGGAGUGGGGGCACCUGGACCCCGCGCAAAAGGAGCUGUACCGGGAGGUGAUGCUGGAGAACUACCGGAACCUGGUGGGCCUGGGACUCGCAGUUUCCAAACCCCGUGUGAUUGAGCAGUUGGAGCGAGGGGAAGCGCCGUGGACACCAUGGGGAGGGGUCCCGAGGAGCUGCGGUCCAGAUUGGGAGACUAGACUUGAAAGCAUGGCUUCGUCUUUAAAGUUGGAUCUCUCCAGGGAAAAUUCCUUUCAGGAAAGGGUCAGGAGAGAUGGGGCUGCUGCUUUCAGAUUGAGAAAGGCCUUCAGUUUUGAUGCCAAGUCAGAAAAGCAUCACAACAAUGAAGAGAAAUCUCUUCAGCAAACAAAAUUUAUCCAGAACAAACUUCCCCACGAAGUGCAAAGGCGUGAAUGUAAUAAAUAUGGCAAAAACUUCAGUCUAGGACCAAUUAUUUUUCCACAACAGAGCAUAAGUAUAGGAAGCAGUCUACAUCAAUGUGAAAUGAAUCAAAAGAGCUUUAGCCUGUAUUCAGACAUUAGAAAUUAUAACCAAAUCUGUGUUAAACAAGUAUUUUCUAAGUAUAAUGAAUUUCAGAAUUCUUUUAGUUACAAUUCAAACCUUACUGAGACUUGUGUGAUGAAUUCUACUGGGAAACCUCAUGAAUUUAAUGAAUGUAGCACUUUAUUCCUGAGCUCACAGCUUACACAAUUUCAAAGAAUUCAUUCUGGAUGGGAACCUUAUGAAUCUAAUGAAUGUGGGACAGCCUUCAGCAAGAGCUCAGAGCUUAUUGAGCAUCAAUCAGUUCAAACUGGAGAGCAGCCCUUCAGAGUUACUGAAUAUGAGAAAGUCCUCUUGCCAAGUACAAAUCAUACUGAACAUCAGUUAGUUCAAGCCGGAGAGAUACCUUGCAAAUGUAAACAGUGUAGCAAAGCAUUUUUCCUGAACUCCCAACUUGGAGUACAUCAGAGAACGCACACUGGAGAGAAACGUUAUAAGUGUAAUGAAUGCGGGAAAGUCUUCCGCCAGAAAGCAAAACUUAACAUACAUAUAAGAAUUCACACUGGAGAAAAACCUUUUGAAUGUAAUGAAUGUGGAAAGGCCUUCCGGGAGAGCUCAGAUCUUACUCUACACCAGAGAAUCCACACUGGGGAGAAACCUUAUAAAUGUAGUGAAUGUGGGAGGGCCUUCAGGCGGAGCAAAAACCUGACUCUCCAUUGGAGAAUUCACACUGGAGAGAGACCUUUUGAAUGCAAUGAAUGUGGGAAAGCUUUCCGCCAGAGCUCAGAUCUCUCCCAACACCAGAGAAUCCACACUGGAGAGAAACCUUAUGAAUGUAAGGAGUGUGGAAAUGUCUUCCGCCAGAGCUCACACCUUAUUCUGCACCAGAGAAUCCACACUGGAGAGAAACCUUAUGAGUGUAGUGAGUGUGGGAAGGCCUUCCGCCUGGGCUCACAGCGUAACGUCCACCAGAGAAUCCACACUGGAGAGAAGCCCUACGAGUGCAACGAAUGUGGGAAGGCCUUCCGCAAGAGUUCAUACCUUACUCAACACCAGAGGAUUCACACUGGAGAAAAGCCUUACAAAUGCAAUGAAUGUGGGAAGUCCUUCAAUCGGCGUAGAAACCUUACUUUCCACCAGAGAAUUCACACGGGCGAGAAACCAUAUGAAUGUAAUGAAUGUGGAAAGACCUUUAGCUCAAACAGAAAUCUUAGUCUCCACCAGAAAAUUCAUACUGGGAGGACAGCGUAAAAAUGUAAUGAUUGUGAGACGUACCUCCAUCACAAGUCAGACUUUAUUGAUGAUCAGAGAAUUUAGGGUGGGCAACAACUUUAUCAGCAGAGUGAAGGUUGGAAGAUCUUCCAGAGCACAAAGCUUCCUAAAUCUCAGUUCAUGCUGGCGUGAAACUAUAUGAAUCUCAUAAAUAGGAGAAGCAUUCCCUGGUCACAAGCCAGUGGGCCCCAUUCAGAAUAGAAUUUCUCAUGAAUGGAAUGCCUGGGAAGUUCUGUCUCAGAAUUCAUGUUGUAGAAGAUCCUUAUGAACGGGAAAAGGUCAGGAGCUGAAGCAGAAUCCUUAUAAAUCCUUUGUAGGAAAUUCACACUGGAGACCAACUAGAUGAAUGUACUUAAUUGGCAAGCAUUUAUUACAAUAUGCCAGAUACUGUGCUAGGAGUAGAAAUACAAAACAAAACAUAAAGUUCCUCCCUUCAA